AUGAGGAACCUCGUUGUCGCUGCUUUGGCCGCUGGCGUCUCUGCGUGGACCUAUGCACCAAACACUACAUACUCGGCGGCAAUCUCGAUCAAUGCAUUACAAACGUAUCAGACCAUGAUCGGGGGUGGAUGCUCAGGUGCAUUUGGCAUCGCCUGUCAGCAGUUUGGCUCCGUGGGCCUGUCUCCAGCGAAUCAGGAAAUUGUCACUCAGAUCCUCUUCGACGAGAACAUUGGAGGACUGUCCAUCGUUCGCAACGACAUCGGGUCGACUCCAGGCCAUGUCCCUGGGGACGUUGCAUCCAUCCUGCCAGUCUGUCCGCCGACGCCAGAAGGGCCGUUCAACUAUGUCUGGGAUGGAAAUGACACAUGUCAACUGCAGCUUACGCAGACGGCACUCAAGUACAACCCCAACAUCUUUGUGUAUGCCGAUGCGUGGUCUGCUCCUGGCUGUAUGAAGACCGUGGGCACCGAGGACGAAGGCGGCCUCAUCUGCGGCGUCAGAGGCAGUAGCAACUGUAGCGGCGACUGGAGACAAGCAUAUGCCGACUACCUGGUGCAAUACGUCAAAUUCUACGAGCAGGAAGGUAUCGAAGUCUCGCUGCUGGGUGCUUACAACGAACCGGACUUCAACCCCGUCACCUACGCCUGCAUGGAGUCGGACGGCUACCAAGCCAAAGAUUUCCUGGAGAUCUUGUACCCGACCGCGAAAGCGGCCUUUCCCAACAUUAGUGUUGCGUGUUGCGACGCCACUGGCGCUCGCCAAGAGAGGAACAUUUUGUACGAGCUGCAGCAAGCCGGAGGCGCAGAUUUGUUUGACGUUGCUACAUGGCACAACUACCAGAGCAAUCCCGAGAGACCGUUCAACUCGAAUGGAAAGCCAAACCUGAUGACCGAGUGGGCCGAUGGCUCGGGACCGUGGAAUGCCAACUGGGAUGUGUCCGGACAGCUCGCCGAGGGAUUCCAAUGGGCCAUGUACAUGCACAACGCCUUUGUGAACUCGGACACGUCGGGCUACACGCACUGGUGGUGCGCGCAGAACACGACGGGCGACAACGCCCUGAUCCGGCUCGACUACGACAACUACUUUGUGUCGGCGCGGCUGUGGGCGUUUGCGUCGUACUUCCGGUUCGCGCGCCCGGGCGCCGUGCGCGUCGAGGCCACGAGCAGCGCCGAGAACGUCUACGUCAGCGCCUACGUCAACACCAACGGCACCGUGGCCAUCCCCGUCAUCAACGAGGCCCAUUUCCCCUACCAGCUGACCAUCAACUUGGGCGCCGGCGGCAUCAAUGCCUCCACGGCCACGGCGUAUUUGACCGACAACGCGCACAAUGUCACCAUGGUGGGACAGACGCAGAUUGGCAGUGGCGGCGUGUUGGAGGCCACCAUAGAGCCCAGGGCCGUGAAGACCUUCUUCUUGAGCUAG